GGUUACUCAGAUUCGUUGGCAACCAUUUUGAAUUUUCAAAACAACUUUAGUGUGUGGGAGUCGUGGGAGUUCUCGCGUGUCGUGUGUUGUUUUAUGCAUAUGCUGCGAAGUAAUUUGAAAAGGCUACAUAUUGCAGCCUGACUUCAGUGUUCACACAUUUUUAUUGUCCUACAACAGCCAUGGCGGCAGUGCUGGAAGAGCUAGGCUCAAAGUUGACUGAUAUUGCCGGGAUUAAAGUUAGCUUUCCCGUCAAGGAGGACAAAGAUUUCAUUUUGAAAAUAUAUGCUCGUCUGUGUUUAAUGUACGAUGAAACAUGGGACUGUGGUAAUGCAUCAAUCUCAUUGUCAUGCAAGAAAAUUUUAAGGCUACUGAACCGAGUGGGCAUCGCGCACCUGACCCCGACGGCGGCGGACGUGGUGGACCCGCGCCGGCUGCCGCGCGUCUGGUCCGCGUUCAUCUCGCACCUGGAGCAGAAGUACGGCAGCCAGGGGCUCUACCCGCGCCUGCGCAAGGUGCUCAAACAGCAGCAGAUCCUGGCGGCGCGACGCGAGGCCGAGCGUGAGCGGCAGCAGCGACUGGCCGGCCUGGCGUCCUCGCCCUGCAAGUCGCACCCCGGCGAUAUAUCGACCUGCUCUACGCUGUCUCAGGACUCGCAGGAGGAUGUCAGGUUUGUGAAGCCGCGCCCUCCGGUAUUCAAGCCUCGCGAGGUCAGCGCUUUGUCCGCACCGUCAGCAUCCCCGGGUAGGGGCGCCGUCAGGAGUCGGAUUCCGGUGCCCACCAAACAGAACGUCAUCCCCACCGGUAAACAGCUGGCGCGCACUCCCAGUUUGCCGCCCAGCAAGGGCCCGCCGGCCGCCAGUCAGCCGCAGCGCGUGCAAAUGUUCGGCUCUCCGCGCCUGGUGGCGCCCAAGGCGGCGGCCGCGCUGACGGCGACUGCGGCGGCGGUCCCGGUCGCGGCAGACCGCUCGCCGCCCUCGCCUCGCGGCCGGUCCGACAGCGGCGCGUCGGAGAGCGCCAGCUCCACGGACGCCAGUCCCGGCCGGCGCCGCUCGCUGAUCCCGGCGCCCAAGACUCCCGAGCAGGCGCUCGGCGAGUACAUCGAGAGCGUACUCAACACCGACUUCCCUCACUCAGCAGCUGAGAAGGUGUCGGAGCCGGCAGCCGAGACAACGCUCAACGUGACAUACAGCGCCGAGCGGCCGGUGGCGCCGGCCGGACGGGAGGCGGGCCCGGCGCCGUCGCCGGCAGCCGACGCGCGUGACGCGAUCCUGCAGGCCGCCGAGGACAAGGAGAACGUGCAGCCGGCGCCAGUUGAGGAGCUGGCUGCCAAGGCGGCGGACGCGCCAAAGGAUGUGUCGCCCCGUGACGUCCGUAGAGACACGUACGAGGUGGCGCCGGCAGCGGAGACGGCCGAGAAGGGCGACGGAGACGCCCCGUCCAGUGCUCCUCCACAGCAGGACGCGGCUGAAGUCCCCCAAAAAGUCCGUGCUAAAAAGGGACCGAGUAAGAAGACCACUGCGCCGGCGGCAGUCGAGGCAGCGCCGGCGCCUGAGCCAGGUCCGAUCACACAGCCGGUCCAAAAUGAAGAGCCAGCAGCUCCAGCCCCGGCUCAGUCAGAGCAGGAGCCAACGGUCGUCGAGGAGCAACCUGGCAAGAGACGACGCGACAGGUCAAAGAAAGAUGUCCCCGAUUCUGAGCGAGUCGAAACCGCAGACCAAGAGCAGACGGCGCCGAAGGUAUCCAAGAAGCGCAGUGCUCGCGCCAAGAAGGUCGAGGCCGCGCCACAGGAUCCGUCGGUCACCGAGGUCGCUCCAGCGGUAGAGUCCGCUGUCGCUGUCGAGGAUCCCGUGGAGUCGGUUUCAGAGCCCGCGCCUACUGAGCCCAAGACUGAGGCACCUAAGAAGCGAGGCGGUCGCCCUAAGAAGGAGAGAAAGGCUCCAAGUGAGGUACCGCUGACAAAUGUAACCGAGGAUACUGUUGCGUCCGAGGAGGGCGGUAGCCCGCAGCUUAAAGACUCAACUGCGUGCGAUGCAGAAGUGACGAACCCUGCAGAGUCGAAGCCCGUCGAGCCCAAGACCGAGGCACCUAAGAAGCGAGGCGGUCGUCCUAAGAAGGAAAAGCAGGCCGCGAGUGAGGCACCGUCUGAGCCUGAGGUGACUGCUGUGUCCGAGGAUGGCCCUGCUCCGCAGCCCGCGGAGCCUGGUGUGUGUGACGCGAAACUGGAAAGCGUGGUAGAGUCGAUACCCGUCGAGCCCAAUACCGAGGCACCUAAGAAGCGAGGCGGUCGCUCUAAAAAGGAUAAGCAGGCGGCGAAUGAGGCACCGUUUGAGGAGUCUGUUUCGUCCAAGGAGGGCCCUGCUCCGCAGCUUUUGGAGCCUGCUGUGUGUGACGCGAACCUCGAGAGCGUGGUAGAGUCGACACCCGUCGAGCCCAAUACCGAGGCACCGAAAAAGCGGGGCGGUCGGCCUAAGAAGGGGAGUCAGCCCGAGAGUGAGGUACGGUCUGAGCUGCCGACUGCGUCCGAGGAUGCUUCUGGUCCGCAGUCUGCAGAGUCUGCUGUGCGUGACUCAGAACCGACGAACGCGGCAGAAUCGACGUCCACCGAGUCCAAGACCGGCGCAUCUAAGAAGCGAGACGGUCGGUCCAAGAAGGGUAAGCAGGCCGCGAGUGAGAAACAGUCCACGAAUGUAACGGAGGUCCCUAUUGUGUCUGAGGAGGGCGCCUCUUCACAUCCUACGGAGCCUCCUUGCCCUCCUGUGUGUGUCGCGGAAGAAUCAACAUUCGCCGAGCCAAAGAAGCGGGGCGGACGCUCUAAGAAGCAGAGGCAGGCCUCGAGUGAGGUACCACCGAUGCAUGUGCCGGAGGAGCCUGCCACUUCACACCCGGCGGAGUCUCCUAUGUGUGACUCAGCUCUGACGAACGUGGUGGAGUCGAAACCUGCUGAGCCCAAGACUGAGGCACCGAAAAAGCGGGUUGGUCGGUCGAAGAAGGGGAAGCAGGCUACGAGUGAGGAGGUGUCGACGAAUGUAACUGAGGUCACCGUAGCGUCUGACGAGGGCUCUGGUGCCCAGCCUAUGGAGACCGCAGUGUGCGACGCGAAACUGACAGCCGCGCCAGAGUCGACACCCACCGAGCCGCAGUCUGAGCAGGCGGCACCUGCCGCGGAGGAGCUGCCCAAGAGACGACGUACCAGAGCCACAAACUCAUCAUCCGAAAACCAGACGACCUCACAGGAGUCCGUUCUGGCAGACCCGGCCAGCGCAGAACAGGAGGCUCCGAAGAGGCGCCGUGGCCGGGCGAAGCAGGCCAAAUCGGAGCCGGGGGAGACGGCCGAGCCGGAGCCGGAACCGCAGCCGGCAGCGGGCCGGAGCAGGGGGCGGCGGACGCGGCACACGGAGCCGGAGGAGAGCGGCGUAGAGAGCGAAAACGUCCCCGCCGCAGCUGAGGAGACCCAGCGGCCCACCCGCCGCCGAGAGAGUCGCACCUCCGCCGCUGCUACCGCCGCCGCCGCUGACGCCUCUGCCCCCGCCGCCGCCGCCGCCGCCGCCCCCGCCGCCGCCCCGGCCGGACGGAGAAGUACCCGCGGCGCGCAGAAGGCGGCCGAGCCGGAGCGGGAGAGCUCGGCAGAGGUGGCGCCGCGCCGCCGCCGCCGCCUGUGUCUGAUAGUGGAGAGUGACUCCGACGGCAGCACGCCGCCGGCGAGCGCCGAACCCUCGCCGGCGUGGCCCCAGCCACAGCGCGCCCGCCGCACGCGCAAGGCUGCGGAGCACUCAGACCGGCCGCGCCGCGCGCUCCGGGCGCUGGAGAACUGCGACUGACGACACCGCUGUUGAAUGGAGCUGUCGCCUCUCGACCCCGGGAGAAUCCUCGCGUCACGGCGCGCCUGACUCGGACGACCCGUGCCGCCGACACUGUUCAGCUCGGACGAACCGUUGUGAAGUGGCGGCCCGUGCCGUCCCAGUCCCGGCCGCUGUGCGGACACCUUGUUUUUCUAGGUAACUAGGUUUUGUUUCCAGUCUGCUUGAAGCUAACAGCGGCCCCGGGAUGCGGUCGUAGAGCGCUGCAGUAGAGUAGCUCGACGCUGGGUGGCCGACGGAUGUAAUUUAUCGGCGAUGAACAUGUAUGUACAAAGGACUGAGGUGCUAGUAGGUCAGAAGCGCGGUGUAUGUGUCACUGGUUGUCCUGCCCCAAUCUGUGCUUCUGUCACGGACUUGGGGUUGGAUGUGCUGUACAUUCUUCCUCGUCUUCAUAGAAUGCCGUUUCACAUGAUUUUAUCUGAUCUGCUGAUUGUUUGCGAUGCAAGCCCGCAUAAUGAAUAACUCAUUAUUUCAAUUUCUUGGUAGGCUCUCGCAGUGUAAGCCUUCCUCUUGACCUUUCAAAGAGGGCUCCUGCCUACGUGCUGAGUGUGUGAUCAUUGAUCAACCCACAACUCAUGCGGCCUGGAACACUCUUUUCUUUCUGCGUUGCCAAAUAUACAAGUCCUGUUCGAAUAA